CAUCCGCACAUAUACCAACCAAAACUAAAGUUCCCAUCUAUCUAUGGCUAUGGCUAGUAGUAGUAGCAGCUCGUCGUUGUUUCCUACCCAACAACAACCGCAACAGCAAUUAGGAGGCAAUGAGAUCGUACCUACGGCUACCAAUGCCAAUCUAAUUGCAGCACCAAACGCUCCAAACCAUUACUCCUCCGGCUCCAUUGGACCUUUCUUCGCAGUCAUCUCUGUUCUCGUCGUUCUUGCGGUUCUCUCCUGCUUCUUGGGUCGCAUAUGCGCAAGGCGCCGCCAUAGUACUGUUUUAGUUGCUGAAGCCAAUCCAUUGGAGAUGAUAAAGAGUGGUGGGCUCCUAGGAUGGCUGAGACGAAAAUGGAGACGAUGUUUGGCCGGAGACGUUGAGGCCGGAGCUAAAGUUGCUGAUUGUGCUGGUAAAGAAACACCUAAAGAUAACGAUCAAACUCGCCUAGAAGCACCUCCAGCUUGAUCUCGGUGAUUGUGAGUGAUAAAGCAAAAAGAGUAUCAACGUUCUUUGUAGAAUGUAAUCUAACUAUUAGCAUCAUUGAAAUAAUUUUCUAUUCUUCAAAGUUCGUAAUCUCAUUACUUCCACUUUCAACAUGUUUGAACCUUCACUAGAAUCAUUUGAAUUGAAUUCCA